ACAGAGACAGACCCAAUGUUGUGCUUUUAUUUUGAAGGCCACGCUGGAUGAGGCGCUUGCUUUGCGGCCGAUGAGUGAGUCCUUCACACGGCUUCUACCGAGGUCAGCGUGCGCACCGGCUGAUCCACCGGGAGCAGACUCUGCAGAGGACACCUUCACAUGUACCGGUGAUAUUAUUUGGAUUUGCAGAUUUAUACCUCUCAGAUAUCAUCCGGGUUCGUUGUUGUUUGACUGUUAAAAUCAAGCAAGUUUGAGGACACACUGCUAACUCUGCUCGCUGUUAUUAGCCUCGUUAGAUCAGGUAGCAGUCGGCUGUUCAGCUAGGCCAACAACAGAUGAUCGGAGUCAAUUUCAGACUUCAUGCUGCUAGAAACAUCAACCUGAGAAGCUGCCUUAGAGCCUGAGUACUGCUUUUGUUUUUGUCAGUAUGCUACAGAACUAGGACUCCUGCAGAAAACCUAAUAUUCUGAAGCUCUGUCAUGAUAUUUUGUUAUUGAUGAGAUGCUAAAAUGUUCAUUAUUUUGUGUUUUGUUGCAAAGUAAUCCUUAUUUAAAAUGAUUUGGAUAAGUAAGAGACAAUUCCCAGUUAAAGCUUGUUGCAAACACAUCAUUUAAGGCAAAGAAAAGCCCUAUAACAACAUUUUAAACACAAUAAAUAGGUAAAUAAUGAGAUAUAAACAUAUAUUUUUAAGAAUCUAGAUGUAAAAUACUGCUGUUGAGUUACAAGUGUGUUCAUACAUUUAAUAAUAAUACGUUUUAUUUGUAGUGCUCUCUACAUCAAGAGACCUCAAAGGGCUACAAAGGGACCAAAAGUUCUGUUAAGAGGGAAAGUUUUGAGUGUUUUUACUCAUUAAAGGGGUCAUAUUAUUCAUCUUUUUGGUAUUUGUGAUGCAUUUGCCAGUUUAAUGUCCUCAUUUUUUCAUGCAGGACCCCAUGUUAAUGAAAACUAAUCUGAGGAUCAGUUUGCAUGUGAAAAGGGAACUUUACUUUCUGUAAAACAUUAACUGUGUCUGGCGAAGAAUGACCUUUUUUGUCAGGUUACAUGCGGUCAAACGGGGCACUCGUCUAUCUGAGCCUCACAAGUCUCUACCAAACUUAAUUGGAUGUUGCUUGUUGUCUUGUUAGUCUGAUUGUUAGCAGCUUAGAGAUGUUUUUCUAAAGUGUCUGAGUAGGAAAAACCAUGGCGGAAACCUAAUUAGUUAUUGGACGGGCUCUUAAUUCAGGUAAAAAUGAUGUGAGGUCUGGAAUAUUCUCAUAACUUUGUCUGUUAGUUUAACCCUGAUACUUGUUGUGCAGUGAUUUGUAGGAACUUUUUAUGAUCAGAGUAUUUUGACAAUAUCAAAACAGCACAGCUCUACUCUUGUUAAGCAGACAUUGCUUCUUGCACACACUGUAUGUCAAGGGAUUUACGUAAUAACGUCAGUAUAUCCCCCCUGAGCUGUCAAGGUUAAAUCCUUGCGUGCCGCUAACUCCUGUCAUCCUCCUCAGCUCCUGCAGAACGGCAGCGAGGAUAAGGGAGUUGCCAAGUCAUGGAUAGUUCGCAACAAUGACACAUGAGACCCUCACCAACUCCCAGCUGCCCGUCAAGGCUGCUGUCGUGCGCAUGGUCCACCUACCGCUGUCCAUGUACAGCUCUCUGGCACAGGUGAGUUUGUGCUUGAAAGCUGCUCUGCUGGGAUGUCUUACGGUUUCUAUUUCUGGUGCGAGACGGGCGAAAGGCUGUUGAGGACUGAAUCGUGAUUUCAGAUUCUUCCCACACAGAAUGUUUUGCAGACACUAGAUGUGGAACUGUUUUACUUUAUCUGUUUAGCCAAUGCACUGACAGAUAUUUGUAAUUAAAGCAAAUAUCUGUCUGUUAAAUACAGAAUCCUGUCAGUGCCAUGGAAAGAUUGCUAUAAAACUCAUAGAAAUCUGGUAUUUGAGGGGGAUACUUUGCAUCCCAUGUAUGAGUAUUAUUUUAUUUUCUGUGUGAGUUUAUAAAACAUGUAAUUUAAGACACACAUUAAAGUCUGAACCCAUUAUAAUGCUCCACUGUCAGGGCUGUUCAGUGCUGCAGGAAAAUGAGUCUGUGCAGUAACAGCAGCAGACAGAGAGCUGCAUUUUUCCCUGUUUUUAUAGGAUGUAGAGGUACAUGACAUGUGUGUUUGUAAUUUCAAUUGAUGGUUUUACUGCAAAUGUAAACAGUAGUUGGUGUUUGUCGUUUGAUCCCACACCUGGGUAGAGUCCAUACACCUGACAGGGAGGCUCCAAAAAAGAUUAGUGUUGGCUCUUCCUUCAACAUAAAUGCCCUUCACCAGUCACAGCCUGUUAAAACGAGAAACUGUACGACAGGUGGUUGGUUUUGGAGAUGUCAAAGAAAGAGGGAAACACAGAUUACCUGUCCUCACAGUGUUUGGUUGUUUUAGAGAAGGAGAACUGCAGCCCUCCACUCCUGUACUUAUCGGUUACAUCCUUAUACCAAAGCUGGUAGAACAUGAAAUUCAAACUUUAGGACCUGUUCAUCAAACUAUUCAAGCUCCACCUGUUGCAGGAAUUUCCACUCUGGCUGUUCCUCAAACCAGUUUUGUCAUUUGGUGUGUUUCCGGCUGAAUUUGACGUACCAGUUCAUAGUUUUUACAGACACUGCCGCCCAGUUUUAUAGUCAAGAUUUUGUGUGAUUUAAAGAUAUCAGCCAGGAGUUGAGUUUAAUCCUGUCUCCGAUGAGAGGGUGAAAAAGGUGAACUUAAUACGAGCUCAGUGCAGAAACAGCCUAGGACAGUGUCUGUGAACUCCUUGAGCAUGAACGCUGCCUCGUCUCAAACACAGCAGAUAUGAUUUAUGAUGCUUCAGCCACAGAGGCCAAUAUGUUUCUAUUAAGAUUACUUCUGAAUACACGUCUAAAAUCUUGCUGUAAUAGAUCACUUACACCCAUCUGUGUGUGAAUAUAUUGUUGCGUUUUGAUGUUUGGUCCCUCUACUCUCUCCCAGACCGUUAUGAUGGUUAUAAGCCCUUCUUAAGGAGAAGCCUGUGUGUGGUCAGAGUCACGUAGCAGAUCUGAUUGCGUGGGGCAUCUGGUGUGAAGGUGUUCGACAUGUGGUAGUAGCAUGGAAACACUGCAGGUCUGCAGCACUGUUUGUCAUCACGGCAUCCAUGUAAUUCAAUAUUAUGGCCGUUGUCAUAGCUCCAAAGUCGGUGUUUAUGUAAUCGCCAGUUGUUGGGGAAAUGCAGCAGAGCCGUCUGUGUGGAUUAUCUCUCCUGUCAGUCAGAGUUUCUAUCUAUAGACAGAGAAGGCUAUGCGCACUAUCUGAAAUUGAUUUUUUUAAAUGCAGAUGACAGUUUUUAUGGUUGGUUGCAUCAUGGAUAUCUAUUGUUAUCUGUCGUAAACAUCCUCAGGUUGAAGUCACAUGGAAAUGAAACGUCUGUUACUUUUUCUUCCCUGUAAAAUGGGGACAUGAGAUCUCAGCCUCAAAACGCACCUUUGACAGCUACAUAACUGACAACUCUGACACUCAGUAGGCAGUUGUAUCUUUUAUUCUUUAACACUUUCUGUUUUUUUUCUCAGUCUUUCUCUGCUCGCAAAUUUUUUUCCAUCUAGAGUUUUUGGGCAUUCAGUCCCAAAACAUAACCAGCCUUUUAGGAGAUUUGUCUGUGGGUAUCACUGAAUCAAACAUGAAGCUUUUGGUCCAUUUUUAGUUUAUUGUAUCAGAAUGACAUUAAAAAAAGAGAGAGAAGAAGAUGAGGGAGAGAUAUGAAAGGGGUUUCUGCCAGACAGGUUAAAGUAGAUUAUAAUGCAUAACGCUGCUGUAAAAUCAAUAUAUAUUUAAUAUGAGUCAAACUACUUCAAUAGAUGCAUGCUGAGUUUUCCUGAAGCUAAGCCGCUGCACAUUGCCUGAAGAGUCAGAGGGAGACCUUAUAUUUAAAUAAUAAUAACCGAUAUAUACACAGUUGGUGUAACAUGUAAGAUUAAGAUAUGUUUGUGUCAAACUCCUCUCGUCUCUACCUGUCCUUCAGGUGAGCAUCAGCACAGGGACCAAGAAGCUGGUGGCGGCCACCGCCUUCAGCGCCAUCUCGCUCCUCUUCCUCGCACGCCGCUUCCAGAGGAGGAAAGGCAGAAAGAAGGCUCAGUCGCCGCAGUGGGAGAAAGUUGGAUUUGAGUUUUUCCCGCCUGUCUUAGCAGAGAAUGGUAACUUGGAGUUUUUUUCUCUCCGGUCUGUGGUUUCCCUGCAGCAUCUGCCCCUGUACCUGUGUUGGGCUGCUUCUUUAGUACCUGGGAUUGUAAACAGGCUGUAAACACAUUUAAUCUCCUUCAGGAAGAAUUACCACCCAGAGAUUAAAGAGUUAAAAAGAAAUGAACAGGUCAGAAAUGAAGUCAGUCAGGGUAAAUAAAAGUACUAAAUCUACACUUGUAAUAAGAAAUAUUUACGUCAUUAUAGCUGAAUAAGAAGGAAACUUUUAUAAAAUCUGCAAUAUAACAAACGACAUAAGAUGCACUUUUUAAUGGAGGUAAUGGGCAAUAAAAUCAGCGCCAUGAUAAAAACUAUUUGCUGAAGAGAUGAGAGUCCCUGUCAGCUAAUCUCUUUCUCUAGAUGUACAAAAUAAAAAAGUUAAUUCUGCACUGAACCUCACAAAUUUCGCAUCAGCAAUAUAACUGCAGUUUAACUAUGAAACAAAGAUGUUUAAAAUCACUUUCUCUCGUCUUCUACAUUUCUAGCUGAUCUUAGGAGGAAAAUUGAAGUUACUCACAGUUUGGGUUUAUCAGUCCUCAGACCAGCAGACUUUGUUCAUCCGCUGUGUCAAACUGUGUCACAUCCAACACUGUCUCUCAGCUCUGGUCUUUAUCUGCCCAGAUAACACAAGCCAGAACAUCACCCUCUCCCUCAACUCCAAGAACGGCCUCCCCUCCGGUCUGCUCCUCCCCACAGGAGACUACAAGAAUCUGUCCGGGUCUCUGCUCAGCCUGGCCUCGGUAAGUCGAACGCAGAAUUACGUGAUCUGGAAUCUUAAAAUCCAGAUACGUCAUGUUUAAAAAAUACGUUAAUGGUCUUCAUUUCUGCACUCGCAGGUAAAAAGCAUGAACUCCUCCAGCAGCAGCACCUGUGCGAAUGAAUCCUCCUGCUGGGACAGAACAGGAGAGGCUGAUAUCUGUGGUCUGGUCAACAUACCCGUCACCACACCUGAGAACCUCUACCUGAUGGGUAAAUACAGGCACAUUAGAGACGUACUCAGGCUGUAAAAGCUUAGUUUCUCUCUGUUUUGAAGUGCGUUCGUUUGAGUUAUUGAUUGAUUUGGGUGACUCAGUUUUAUGCCUGUGUGUGCGCAGGUAUGGAUCUAUUCGAGGAGGCUCUAAGGCGGUGGGAGGAAGCGCUGACAUUUCGAGGCAGGCAGGGAGAGGACGAUGUCAGCUGUGUUUCCGUCAAAACAGGAGCCGGAGACGCCAUCGCUGAGCAGGGCAUGGAGGUGAGAGAGGCAGUGAAAAUUUCAACAUAAAUCCAGCGAGUAGAUUAACCACGCUGCCAUAUUUAACACCAACUAAACAACCCAUCCAGUUCAGUGUAAUGGCACUCUUAAUCUGGGAUAGGAGCUAAGUAGGAUGAUGCUUGUGAGAUCCUUGACUAUGAAGUGGCCAAUGAAGGAUUUAUUCAGGAUUUUAGUGGUGCUUAUAAUUGAAACUCUUCCCUCUGUUUUACACCAAAAGAGGAUAAAGAUCCUUUACUGCCCACAUCAAAGCGCUAUAGGGCACAUAUACCAAUAACCUGACCUCUGACAGCCCACCAGAGUCACAGCGUUGGGAUUGUGUAAGAGCCUUCUCUCUGGCUCUCUAACCUGGAUGGGAGGAUUUUGGAUUAGUGCAGGUCAAUGAAUAAAUCUGCUGCUCGGUCUUCUGUGGAGGAUAUCCCCCCGCUCAGUUUUCCCUCUUUGGAAAGCUUAUUAAAACUCUGGUCCACCGGGGAACCUUCAGAACCAACUUGAGUGUGAAGAGGGCUUAAAAUGUGACGUUUGACUCCUGAGUUGUUGCGUUAAUGGCAGUUUGGAAAUUAAACUAUUUUGUUGAAGCGUUUCCCUUUUUCCAUCAACCAGCUCUUUGUUUGUCUGCCACCAAAGAACUGGAUCUGGAUCAGAAAAAAUGGAUUUGGAGUUGCACCAACUCCAAAAGAAAGAAUUGCAUACGCCAGGAGCUGGGGCUAAUAACGGCUACUUAACGGUUAACAUUCAAUGUACAAAAGACUGAAAACAUUUCUUAUAAUUAUCUGUUUUCUGGAACUUAAUCGCCGUCCAUAUCUGAACUGGCGAGCAGAACCCUUUUUUUGGACCAUCUGUGUUUGUUAAGCUAGGAGGAGCACUUAAAACAAGACGCUGUAGUAGGGCUGGGCGAUAAACCGAAAAUUUAGCGAUACAGAAAUUUACGACAAUAACCAAUGUCAUUUUGACCAUAUUGGUCUAAAAAAAAAAAGGAAAUAAAAGUUGGUUUUGGAUGUGUGUAGGUAGGCUUUGGUCUCAUGUCCCUUUAAGACGCUGUCUUACGCCAAAGUCAGGACUCCACCCCAUCCAGUCCAUAACAAAGAGGGAAAGACAGGUGAGGAGAUGGAGGAGGGUUCAAAAGUUGUAGCGGCUGAAGUAGACAAAGUUAAUGUGGGAGGGGGUGAGCAGCUUGUGGAGUAGUUAUCAUCCGUUAUUGAGGUGAACUGCUCAAUACAUUGUGAUAUUGAUUUGAGGCCAUAUUGCCCAGCCGUAGUCCUCCAUUGUUGUUGUUUUGCUGUGAGCGUUCAAGUUGUGGGGUCAAGAGUGUCGUGCGAUGGUCAGGUAGCGAUGAGAGCACCCUCUGCUGCAUCCGACAGCAAACUAUUUCAGACAGCUUAAUUCGCUGAGAAAAAGAGACCCUCAAACCCAGAUGAUCUUUUGUUUCCCUUGUUGAACUCUAGUGUUUGUGUUUCCAGGACGUCAUCAGUGCAGAGUUCAUGCACAGGCUGAAGUCCCUGCUGCAGAGGGCCUACAGCCUGCAGGAGGAGUUUGAAGGAGUGCUGUGCAUGUCAGAGCCUUCAUCCCACAGCAACAGCCAGGGUGAGUCACCCAUACGAGACAGAUACCUGCCCACCUACCUGUGCUCCAUGCAUCAUUAUUCAUGCUCUAAAUUUUUCUCCAUCACAGAUAAAGUGGUGGAAAUCUUGUCCAGAGAGGAGCUGGAUGACGCCUGUUUGAGAGACAGUAUGAGCAUCGCUUCGACAGACUCCUUUGUGUCUGCUGCUGAGGUAAUAAGCUCCUUUGGUGCAUUUAAGACUCCUGCUCGAAGGUGGACAGAGGUGUUGGAGUCAGCUGUUGUUUUCCCAGCCAGUUUUACUCCAGUUUGGAGUAACCUGGUGUUGCCUUUAAAAGGCUAUUAAUGGUCAUUUUUCUCCUUCCUCAAGGUGAGCAUUUGAGUUUUGGCAGCAGAGAAAGCAGACAUGUUAAUCUCAAACCGUCUGAGGCGUCAAAUAAAAUUAACAGAACACAGCAGGAGAGUAAUUCAGUUAGCUCUGAUCCUCCUCUAAGUCUAUCUCCCGCUGUUUACUAGAAGUCAGCUGAUCUCAUUAAGACUCUGUGUGGACUCGAGACGUGCGUCCGUAAGCUUGACCCACAAAUGACAGAGAGAGACAAAGGCUACGAUCCUUACAAUGACAGUGAAAUAUGAAGGUGAAAGACACACAGGCGCACUGCUCAAAGUUAAAGACACUGCUCCUCAGUAUUGGUGCACAAACCGAGAGGAUCUUCUAACGGCAGUAACUAUAACCCUCAAUUUCCACCGCAUCCGGAACAGUGGCGAAAAGGCCGCAUGCGCUGAUCGCAGCUGAUCGUUUCCAUUCAAGUUAAUGUGUCAAUUUCCACCAGGUUCUUUCUGUCCUGCUGCGGUUCAGCAUGAAGCGGCCGAUCGCCAGGGUUCUAUUUUUCCAGACACCGCAACAUGCCGAAUAAAUUCAGCACAGAUUAGCCUGUGCUGGAAAGGAAGUCGGGAACAGACACAAAAUAAAACAUCCGGCUUCUUUUCAAAAUAAAACAGGCGGAUCGUAUUUCACACCAUGCAAUCGCGGGCGGGGACGAACAAGUCAAAGGUUUUCAGACAUCAUUUCACCCCAUUGAUUCUAGAGGUCUAGAAGUAGAUUUCCUCCUCUGGAAGGACGCAAUCUACUGCUCGACAACACGUUAUCGCGUGAUUGCAUGUGAAUCCAUGGGUUCUUGUGAAUUCUUGCAAUUCCUGCAGUCAAAAAUUUGCCAUAAAAGUCGCCUCACAAAUGCAUCUGGUAGGAAUUGGCGGACAGCGAAAAUUGCCGCCAUUCCGAAGCAGUGGAAAUUGGGAGUUCAGUGAAUGGGCUCUAUGCACAGAUCCACUACUUCCUGAACUUAAGGCAACUCUUUUAUUUCCUGUCUUACAUUAUCGGACAAACUGAUUAAUCCAGGUGUGUCUGACUCGUCACGAUGAUCAGUCACACUGUAAGACAGGAAAUAAAGGAGCAGCGUUAAGUUCAGGAAGUAGUGGAUCUGUGCAUAGAGCCCGUUCUCCUUGGAAAAACAGCCUCAAACUAGUCCAGCAUUCACAGACCAGUAGAUGUGACACAGGGGGAGCUCUCAGCAGUGAAAGUGGGUCACUGGUUUUGAGUCUCUAUAAAUAGACCUUCUACAUUCCUCACUAUACAACAUACAGCUCUCUGUGACUCUGCAGCUGGUUUUACUAUAACUUCCACUCAUCACAUCAGCACAGAACACCGUUUUCUCUUUCUGCCUCACAGCUCUCUUUAGUAACCGAUCAUUGUACCGAAGCGCACUGAUCGAUUAGUCCGCAUAUUUUGUGUUUGGUACCUCUGUGUGUAUUUGGUGCAUGCAUAUUGAAGAAGUUCAGGUGCUGAUGGAUAAAGGAGAAGAGAUUGAUUAUUAGGACCAUAAUGAUCUAUUCUGUCUGUGUUUGUACCAGCUGACGGAGCACAGAGAGCUGAGGAGCGUCCUCGCUCUGGGUCAUCAUCCGUUCUACGAGGAGGCACUGCAGAUGGCUGAGGACGGGAAGAUUUCCUGCAGAGUGCUGAGGUAAUUACUGAUGAGUGUUAAAAAAGAAAGUACUUUACUGGAACAUGCUGCACAUUUCACAAGAUUUCUGCAUUUAAGAGAAGUUAUGAAACAGACUGAAAUGACUUUAAAAGCAAAUGACAGACUGACUCUCUGUUCUGGUAUUUUGAGGGGGGUAGAAAAGUCCUACUCCAGCUGAUUUUCAGUUUGGGACAUUACAAGGAGGCGCCAGAAUCAGCACAGACAGAAAGUUCCUCACAGGAGCCUUAACCUCGUAAUUUUUCUUCUUUUCAUCAUCAGGACUGAGAUGCUGGACUGUCUUGGAGACUUGGAUUUUCUGGCCAAGUUGCACUGUGUGCGUCAGGCGAGCCAGGUAGAGUAAAACCUCAGAUCCAGAUGACUUCACAUCGACAGAAAUAGAGACAAUCCAUAAAGACAACAUUGUUUCUCCGCUCUUUGUUCUCCAGCUCCUUUUGUGCGAGAGGAAGACCAGGAUGUUUCUAGCUGACACUGGAAAGAAAAUCCUCUCCUCCAUUAUUGUGAAAGCACAGAAGGUGAGAUAUAAUUAUCAAAGAGCAGAAAUCCAGAGAGGAGUUUCAGCGCUGACAGUUUAAUCUCUGGUUUUCAGAGCCCAAAGAGAUUUGAAGAGGUGUUUGAAGAGAUGAUUUCCUUCCUGGAGCACACGGAGCACUGGGAGAACACCGAGGUGGAGCUGGCCACACGAGGGGUGAGAGAGCUGCUGCUCCAUGUGUCCUCUGAUCAGGGUCUGAUCACAGUGAUUCAUGUUUUCUUUUGUGCUCAUCUCCACCAGGUUAAACACCUGAACUUCUACGACAUCGUGCUGGACUUCAUCCUGAUGGACUCGUUUGAGGAUCUGGAGAAUCCGCCCAUCUCCAUCCAGAACGUGAUCAACAAUCGCUGGCUCAACAGCUCCUUCAAGGAGACGGUGAGUUAACGCAGAUGGCUAUAUCAUGUCAGAGUUUUAAGUCAGUCUGUGAAUUUUGUCGACUAGAAGACCAGAUAUGAGAUUCUUCGCAGUUUUCUGUUUUGGGAUAUUUCUAAGAGAUAUAAAUCUGUUCAAUCCUCACAGGCUGUUGCAUCGAGUUGUUGGUCCGUGAUGAAGCAGAAGAGACAGCACAUGAAGGUAUUUGCUUGGCCAAUAAUCAGACACCAAAGUUCGUUUAAAGUUUGUCUCCUGCUCAAAGUCUCACUGUCACUGUUUUUGGUCUGCGUCUCAGGUUCCCGACGGUUUCAUCGCACAUUUCUACGCUGUCUGUGAACAGAUCAGUCCCGUCCUGGCCUGGGGCUUCCUGGGGCCAAAAAGCUCCCUGCACGACUUCUGCUGCUUCUUCAAGGUCAGUAUCAAGAAUUUCGUGAUAUUUUUGGUAAAUUCUUGCUUUAACGUGUUUGAUAAAAUUUGCUGUAUCAUAAGGAUGUUAACACUCAGGUUGAUCUCGUCCUUCAGGAUCAGGUGCUGUUCUUCCUCAAGGACAUCUUCGACCUGGAUAAAGUGCGUUACUCCUCAGUGGAGACUCUAGCGGAGGACAUGCUCCACCUGCUGCACCGCCGCUCCGAGCUGCUGUUAGCCUACCUGGGAGCCGACUCUCUGCGGCACGUGAACGGCUGCAGCUCCCCUCAGGUUCAGCUGAUGCCUAACGGAGCCCUGCUGGAGGGGAGAGUGCAGUGAGAGGGACCUGAACCUGGGUUUGUUAAAUGGAUCUCUGACAUGAUUCUCAAAACUGGAAUUCAUCAACUGUAGUGAAAAAACAAUUUCUCUAAUGUCUGAGAUCCACUCAUCACGUGUCCCAUCAUGCUUUGUGCUCUGACAGGGACCCACAUGAACUGAACCAGCUGUUUGCCUUCACAAUUGUAUCAUCCUCUUCCUCUCCCCAGCCCUCCUUCACUGUGCCAUCGCAGUGCAAGUUCGAUAUCUUAGCAAUAACAUGUCAUUCGUAUUUGCAGUAGAUACUACUCCACUGUGUUCUGUAGAGGUCUGAUUAUCGCUGCUAAAACAAUGUUUGUGAAGAGAAAAAGGGUAUUUUAUAGUAUUUAUUUUGCUAUAGAGCUUAACAGCACUUAUUUUCUUGAAGUUGUAGUUUUGUCUGUAUGCAUCAGUGGAUUUGUGAUCAGCUUCAAACAUGCAGUAGCUUGAUAAAAAGUUGUAUUAUCAAAAUGUAUGAGAUUUAAACAUGUCUGUCUACAUAUUACUGAGCAUCAGCAAUGCAAACCCAUCCAUGUACAUACAGUGUGUUUUUGUAACAAGCAAAGACGUGAAAUGUAAAAUGUGUGGAGUCAGAAGUGGGUCACACUAACUCUGUCGUGAUGUUGAAGUCAAUAAAAAGGGAAAAGUUGUUUUCUUUAUUUGGGAACUCGAACGCCUGAUUUGAUAUUUUAAAGAAGCGGAGAGCGAGCGCCCCACGAGAGCUUUAAUCCCAACAUGGAAUCAGCAGCAGCAGGAAGUUAAAGAUUAUCCAUCACUGUUGUGUAAUCGUACAGCUGUUUAAAAACGCGUGCUACACGCUUUCCAUUUUAGGAGAAGAGCUGGAGCCUCAUCUUCAUCACUGAUUGUUAGUAACCAGUUAGCUUCACAAAUAUAAUACAUUUUAAAAGUCUGUGGUGCUGCUCAGUCCCCGUCGUGUACAGGACAUGGUUUGGGUAGUGGACUUGCUGCAGGGGGGUAAGCUUGAGGUUAAGAAGAUUUUAGAGGGAGUGACUCAUUGUUGUCUGUUUCUGCAGGGUUUAUCUCCUAAAAUGAUGAAUUCACUAAUUUGAUUUCAGGUCUAUGUGGAGUUUAAGGAUCCAUUUUCCCAAAUGUCUAUGCUAAGGCUUUAUUUUUGUGAGCAGUUGUUCCAAACAUGGUUGAAUACCUACAGUUGUAAAUAUAUAUUCUAUGUAUUGAUUUACAGUAAAGGUGCGUUCAUGGUCAGACCACAGGACAGUUCACCUCCCCACAUCAGUAUAUUGAAGAUGUGCCCUACCCAGAGAAAGUGCCAGUAUCAACAUGUUACUGACAAACUGUGAUCACAGUUCAUGUUUCUUAUCAGUGGAUUCAGGCCAAUGCAGUGAUUUCUAUGACAGUUAAGUUUUUUCUUACUUGUGUCACCUGAGGGUUUAGGUAUCACAAUCAUCCAACCACUAAUGAGCAUCAGCUCUGUCCCUAUAGUGCAGAUGUCACCCAGUCUUCCUACAAUAAAUUUUUUUGCAACUCUGAAAUAUUUCCUUUUCGAUUUGAACAUAGUGCUUACACCUGUUUUGUACAAACUCAUGUUACUAACAUACUGUUUAUUGACCUAAUUGGUUUAGGGUCGUCCCACCAGAUUGUUUUGUAAUACAAAAGUGACUGUUUUGUAUCAUCAGACACCGGGGGAAAUUGUUUUGUUUUUUAUCUCUCGUAAAAUUAGAGUAACUUGUUCCAGAUAAGAAAUACGCUGUAAAUCGUCAAGAUUUUUGUUACAACUUUAUUAAUGAACAUGGCAACAUCUUAAAAGUCAGAACAACUGAUUCAGAAAAAACAAAACCAAUAUAUUGGAUAAUAUACACAGCACAUGAACCCUUGGUUACCUCUAAGGCAUGCUCCUUGUUUUGUGUUCUGUCUACAGCCCCAAACAUACAUUGUGUGACCCUUUAACUACAGAGGAAAAAUGAUUUAAACCCCCCCAAAAAAUGUACUGCCAAUAAAAGUGCAUCAUGUAAAUGAAAAGUACAUCAGUCCCUGUCCUCAUCCAACUUUCUAAAGCACAUUCUCACUGACUAGAAGGUCAUUUAUGAAGGCAUUCAAGCAGUUAAAGAAACAACCAUCAGACAAAGCUAAACACACCAUCAUGUUGAAAAACAGAACAGUCAAUCCGAGCAAGAAAACAUGGAACUGACCAAAACUUUGCAAAUCAGACAAGUUAAAUUUCAUUGCGUUGCUGUGUUUAUUUUUUUUUUUUUUACCUUAUCACUGGAGCUCUUGAACGGUCUACAUUCAGCAGUAGGAUUGACUCAAAGGAUUCCUCCUUUUGGGGACAAACUACGACAGGGCCUGAUUCUAUGACCUAAGCUUGCAGCACCAUCAUCCUCCAACACUGUGAGCGAGAAGUGAAGGCAGCAGCGUUUCAAUAGGAGAUUUGCACUGCACUUUGAGGGCAGAUUCACACCACGACAGAGAAAUCAAAUCAUGUAUUUCAACGACUUUGACCUAAGCCGGUUUACCACAUUUGCUAAACUUCUGACAUGGCAUGCAGUUUUGAUAAACCACUCAGGACUUACCAGGUAUGCAAAGUUUAAGGCUAAUAUCAAACCAUUAAGAGUUUACCACAAAAACAUUUCCUUAGUGAGCCUAUGCAACGACUUGGUGAAAUCACUUUAACGUCAUGUAACAAGUCAUAUCAUGCAGUUCAUUCAUAAAUCAGAUCAGCUUUAAAGGGCUACUUGGAGAUCCUGAACAUUUCUAAGAGUAAAAAUGCAUUGAGGGCAUAUUAAAGACACAGGUAAGCAUUUCUUUGCAUGUCAUAUUUGUCAUGUCACUGGACAAAAACACUUGUUUCCUUAGGUUUCGCUUACCUGUGUAAUUGCAGCAGAACCUAAGGUGCAAGGUCUGGGACGACACUGCAAAGAUCAGAUAUAUAAUCGCACUGUUUGCCAUCAGUGAACAAGCAGUCAAAUAUUCUUUGCUUUUUCUUUCCUCUUGGAUCUUUAAAUUAACAGCCUCAUUCAGAAAAUGUCAUUAUCAACACUGAACGAGUCUUUAAGCACUUCCAGGACUAGCAUUCAACAUGCUCAUAUGAAGGACAUUAAAGUAAGAACAGCAGAAACCUAGGCAUGCUACACUGGAGAUAAUGCAAGAGGACUUUUUUUUUGAGCAAUAAAUGGCAUUAGAUAGAAAACAUAACAGUCUCAACUCUAGACAAUGGCACUUAACAGGUCAGGUGUUCAGAAAACGCAUGAAACUACAUGGACAUCUUUAUGAGCAGGUCCUACCAUCAAUGUGACGUUCAAACCCUCGGUUCAGAGAUUCAACUUUCACGGAAAUCCUACCGACACAGAGACUAAGAGCAUCUAAAUGAGCAUCAGCAUACUGUAAAGAUUCAAAGUCUGAAUAUGAUGUGCAGUCAACACAAGGGGAAAUUAGUCUCAAACAUGUGGUACAAGAAUCCAGAGCACUAUUCCUCUCCUCAGGACAUUUCAUACUUACCCACAGACAAAGGGAAAAUAUUUGCAAUUUGUCACAAAAAAAUACUACAACUUUUGCAGUUUGAAAAGCAUCAAAAAAGGCGAGUGUCUCAAAAAAAUCAAUCACAGUUUUGUACUUACAGUAUAGGAGGGCUCAACUGAUGGAUGAGGACUGCUUAGCCACCCCCGACCCUACAACAUCUACGUUCUUAAACUGGUGAGCACUAACAGAAUGGGCACAGCGAAAAUGACUUUUUUUGCAGCAAUGUUUUUAUAUUAAAAAAACAUUCUUUAAAAAAAACAUAUUCAUACAUGUCAGAUCGCAGUUUGAAAAAAAGGGCAUGACAAACUUCAAUGCAUUUUUGAUACAGUGACAAAUUUACCUGACUGUCCUGGAAAAAGAAUAGCACAAAAGUAUGGAUAACACUAAAAACAUUUCUCAAAACCACGCUUUUCCUGAGGAACAUGUGAAGGAAAACACGUGCUUACCGCUUUUCUAAACUUGCCUGUGGAGGAGGAAGUGUCUAUCAAGGCAUGACAACAGUGCAUACUACCUCAACAAUAUGUCAGCAAACCAAGCAGAACUUUAAAAAAGAGAGGGCCACAGCAACGCAGCAAAUGCAUGUGAUACGAUAACACACACACACCUGUCAACUUUCUAAGGACAAACAUGUCUACUGCUAAAUCAAAGCAAUGUCAGUGUAAAAAAAUGUCUAUCGACAAGGACGUUUGUUGAUCUGAACCACUCGGGAUCACUGCACGCACAUAACGUUUCUAAAGAGCCUUAUAGACAGUUGGAGAGAGACAGGACAGCACAGCUUUUUUGGACAUUAACCCCCACACAUGGCCUGCACUUCAAACUUUUCCCCCCUUUUACAAUAAAAACAUACAGAAUUCAUCUCCACCCUUUUGGUUUUCAAACCACCCCAACUUACCAACACAGGAGGUUUCAGUUUGUUUUAUUGCAAAACACAACAGGCAAAUAGCAUUUUAAAACUGAGAUGAUUUACAUGGUAAUGUCUACAGUUUAAUAAACAUGACUUCUAACCACAUUUAAUGUAGAUACAGGGCUGGAAUGACCAUAUGUAUAAUUACCUCACUAAAAACAAAGCAUUUACAAGGAAAAGAAAAACAAAAAAUAAAGAAAAUGAAAGAGGACGUGUUCUCCGGGUAAUCUGCCAUCUAUGUGAAACGCUUUUCAAACCAAGGAAAUUUAAGAUCUUCAUCAAGGCGUCUGCAUCCAAACAUUUAACAAAGGAUUUUGUUUCGACAAUGUAGCAUUUACUUUAUGUCCACUUCACAUUACUGGCCCUGUGCAAAGAAAUACAUAGAAGAUACAUUGCAUGUUAACAGCAGAAACAGUGGACUCAGCUUCCCAAAAUAAAAAGUUAAAAGCCUGUAUAAGGAGGGAAAGGUUUUUGGUUAAGUGUGUGACGCUGCUGGAUCACUGCAACUCCUGUAAAACCUGUGGGAGGAAGCGGGAUUAGGGCACAACAAAGAAUUGAGUAUUGAGUGGAUGUGGAGGGCUGAUUUUUAGUGGGGGUGUACCUGAGGGGCUUGUGGGGCUGCACCCAUCGACUGAGGGUUGGCGGUGCCGUAGUAAGCUGCCUGCUGACGGUAGUACUCCGCCCAGGCAGCGCUGUAGUCGGGCUGGCCUCCGGGUUGGGAGGCUGCUGCUGCCGCUGCUGUGGCCUGAGGAGCAGCUUGACCUGAGGGGAGGGGGAACAGAGCUGGUUGGUCAAUGCAGCUUAUGAAACAAGUGUGGUAAAAAGUGCUGAAAUGUGUCGCCCUGUUACAUCAUUUAUGAGAAGGGGAACGAACCCACCACAGUUUUCUCAAAGUGGCAGGACAGAAACCUUCUGAUUUUCUGUUGGGCGGCUGAGGGAGCAGCCACUCUACUGAAGAGGGUUGCUGGAGAGGCACAGCCACCCUUUCACAUCGCUAACUGAUAAUGUUUUACAUCCAGACAUUUAAAAUCAGAUGAAAUGCACUGAAAUUCUAGAUUAAAAUAUGACCUAACCAGAUUAACAAUACUGUCUGCAUGUCUUUAAAUAUUCUUCUGCAUGUUCAGCCUUCCUGAACACAUGAAAUCCAGAUAAACGUGGUGCAUCUGUUUCUAUAGCAAAAACGAGACUUUAUGAUGUUAGACUCACAGUUCUCACCUUGUUUCUUGUAAUACUCCUCCCAGGCUUUCGUGUAGUCCUGAGGUUGUUGACUCUGUUGACCUACAGAGAGAAUAAAAAUUGUAUAAAUGCAACAAAGCGCCAAAAGACAUCUGAUACAAACUCAAGACAUUGACUCUACAUUUCAUCUGUUAUCUCUUUAACAUUCAGUGGCAGUAAACAUUCAUGGCACAUCCUUCAGUGUUGGUAAGAGCCCUAAGAUACUCUGGAAAAUAAGCUACUCUAAGCUCGUGAAAAAGGUGGUUCUGUGUCGACAGCUCAGUCCUGUAGAUAGUCAAAGUGUUGCAGUCUAAACAGCACAAGGGUCAAUGUUAAGACAAAGUGGAGGCACAGUGAAAAGGCUCCACAGCAGGCCAGCAAAAACCCAGACCUGAAAAAGAAGCUGAUUGAACACCCAGCGGCUGUUUAGACUGUCUUGUGUUAAUAGGUGUACACUGAAGCUACGUUCAUAUACCCAUUUUCUUGUAAUAUUCCUCCCAGGCCUUGGAGUAAUCUGCCUGUCCACUCUGACCUGCAGCCUGUGGGUCACCUGUUAAAAAGAACGGUAACUUGUAAUUAGUGGAGCAUUCUCAGCAGUCUGUCCUCCACCUGCCUGGGUCGAGCUGUCAGCCUAAGGGGUGGUGGAAGAAAACUAUCCUGUCCCUGGGGUAAUAUAAAAAAAAUGUUUAAAAGAAAAAAAAGAAGCUUCUCUGCAAAAGCAAAGUCAUUUUAAAAGGUUAAAUCAAACAACUGGCCUCCUGUUAGCGACAGCAGGACGACAUGAGCACAGAACACUACGGACUCCAGCUAGUUAGCUACACUAUUCUGCGCUUGUCUAAGCACUUGCUGCUUUUUCUAGGGGGCACCGAGGAGCUGCUAGAGGAGGAACAUGUCAGUUACCUUGGCCGUUGGCUUGAGUCGUGCCGGGAGCUCCGCUUGUCGGGGUCAUGGGAGCCUGUGGCUGCUGGCUGUACUGAGCAUAGUAGGCUGCCCACGCCGCCGCGUUGGCAUCCGCAGCUGCUUUAUCUUGACACAAGCCAGAUUUUUGACAAAACCGGAGAAAAGCUUAUUACAUCAAAUUUCAAUUCCUUCACACAGUACAGUGUGACGGAGAGAGCAGAGUCAACACUUUUUCAUUUGUUAUUGUAAAGCUGUCCAACAAUAAGAGAUAACAGCAGGUACUCACUGGGAUCAGGUUGUCCCUGUUGCCAGUGUGGGUAACCGUUGCCCCAUCCCUGAGGCUGAUAAGGCGCAGGUGGACCGCUAAAGAAAGACAACACAACACCAUCAACUUUCACACCUUCACCUGUGUCUCAGCACUGCUGUACAGCUCUACACACACUCUCAUGAGUUGAUUUAAACAUUAUUUGACUAAUUUCUUAUGCUAUACAGAGAUAAAGUCUUGACUGUUUUUAAAAAGGAAUCAAAAAGAAACUAAACUUCACAUUAAACUAGUCAUCAGUUAUCCUGCUUUGACUCCUUUGGUGCUUCAUAGACCUGCAAACACCCUAUGAACUUGAUUCAUUAAUCAUCCACUUAAAACAUGAAACUCACUGAGGUCCUGGAGGUCCCUGGUUGUAUGGCCCAGGAUUGUACGGACCCAUGGGGGCCCCAGGUGGUCCAGGUGGCCCAGGGGGACCAUGUGGGCCUGGACCUCCAUGUGGACCAGGGGGACCGUGCGGCCCACCCAUUGGAGUGACUGGACCCUAAAAACAGAACAUUUCCCAGUCAGAAAAAAAAACCUUCAAAGUAAAAAAAAGUUAAACAUCAAGUGAAAAAUAAACGAACCCCGAUUUUCUCCUCCACCAGCUGCCGGGCGUAGUCGAUCUGUUGAGGGGAGCCGCGGACUGUGAACAUUUUGAUGUUGGGGUCAGCAUUGGGAGGAGGAUUCCUCUGCAGCUCGAUCCGGGCUCCAGACUGCUGGCUGAUGCCUUUGAUUGUCUCACCACCUGAGGAAACCAGAAACCAUGAGUGAAAAAACUGCCUCACGUAUAUUCCUUAAAUUUGUCCACCAGUCUAUGAGACAAAACAGCAAACUAGGAAUGUUAACAACUUAAGAAUCGAGGAAUCAUCUUUGUCUGAAUGGAAAUCUGGUUCAAAGUGGCCUCUUCACUUGCCUUUCCCAAUAAUGAGCCCUGUCUUCAUGGUUGGGACGGUGAAGGUAAACUCCUGCAGGCCACCAGGGGGGCCCAUGUUCCAGUUUCCCUGCCCGCGACCACGACCCCUGCCACCACCAUGCCCAGGGGGACCGCCGGCCUGUACGCUCCUCAGCAGGUCAGAAAUGAUCUCUGCUGCGUGCUGCGCCUGGUCAGGGGGGCCCAUGAUCUGUGCUAUCCUGUCAGGCGUGCUGCCAUCGUCUGGAGGGAAGGAAGAAGAGACUUUGAGUUUGGUUGAUUCACAUCUCUACACAGAACAUUAACUCCCAUUUGAUACGCAGUCUUGUAUGUGUUGAGGUCUCAGAUAAAUUAGGGUUAGGGUUAUCCAUCACUUCUUCAGCGUGGUGCAUGAGUUUUCAUCACGGACCGUACACAUUUUAAUCUGUGCCAUUAUCCUUCCUUGACCGCUCAGACUCACCUGGUUUAAACUGAAUUCUGACGCCUGUGUCGUUCUGGAUUUUCUUGAUCAUCUCUCCAUUUCUGCCGAUCACGAUUCCAACAGCAAACCGGGGAACAGGAACCUAAAUGACAGAAAACAGAGUUAAGACACAGAUUCAAGCCCUCAGCUCCAGAACAAAAAAGACAAAGCUCUAACUAAUACUCACAUCUAAACUGUCUCCUCCGCCACCUCCGACUCGUGAGCCGUACUCUCCCCUCUGCUCCCUGAAGCCCUGAUCUCUGAUCAGCUCCAUCACCAUCUCUUUGGCUUGCUGAGGGGAACAGAAAGUACAAUUCAUUAUAGCACGGCUCUCUUGAUCGCCAGCCUACAACAAGAGGUGAGUCACAUCUCAAAAUACAACAGUCAAACAUCUUACUCACCUGGACUUUGAAAGGUUCUCCUGAAAUGCGGAGCGGCUUGUCUGCGCCUGUGUUUUGGGGUCCGUCUUGGAUCAUGACCAUCUUCACUCCGGCUCUUUCCUGAAAGCAAACAGAGGAGGUGAAUGAUGCCAUCAUGGUGUGGUAAUGCUGAUUGUUUGACCUGAUAAAAAAGCAGUAACCACUUCUCAAACAUCAACUUUCCACUGACCUGAAGGCUUUUGAUGGUCUCUCCUCCUUUUCCAAUGACAAGCCCAGCUUUAGAAGCAGGGACCAUGAUCUCCUGGACAGUCAUUCCCGGACCAUCAUUGUGGUUGAAGGCUGGAGCUGGACGUCCCUUCUCUACUAUCUCUGUUAAAAGUCUCUUUGCAGUCCUGGUGGGACAAAAAACACAAUCACACACUGUAUGUAAGAUUUUGAACAGGACUUGGCAUAAACACACAAUUUAAAUUAAGUGGCUGGCACACAACACAAUUUCAGAAACUUUCUUUGCUUGUCUUAUUAAAAAAAUUGCAUUUCUGCUUCAAAAACUUCAGGUUUUUCCUCUUAGGAACAAUUAAACUAAAAACAAAAAGAACUUACUGGAUGGAGUCUGGUGGUCCAGUUAAUGUUACCGACCUAUCCGGCAUGCCACCGCUAUCUACAACACAGAGAAGAAGCGGUUAGUUACAACUUAAAGAUUACAAAUUGCAAAUGAAAGCCAAUAAAAAUCUAGCCCAAUCUUACCAGGUGCGAUCUGUAUUUUACAGCCAGACUCCUGCUGCAGACGAGAUAUUUGUUCGCCACCUCUUCCAAUUACUAGGAGAAAUUAGGCGUGUUAUUGCCAGAUACCAAUUACAGGUGAUUAAAUAUUUGCGUCUGCUUUAAUGAUUACUUACUGAAUCCAACCAUUCCAUCAGGGACUUUGAACUCCUCUGAUAAUGACCUGAGAACGACAGGAUGGAUCAAGGUUAGCUUUGCAGCAGAUGGUUGAAUAUAGAAGAAGUAAUAACCGGAAUUUUAACUCCAAGUGCUCACCUUGGAGGGCCGCCCAUUCCUCCCAUUGCUGAAAAGGCUAUUGAACCAAAAAAGAAAAUCAUUGCAUUAGAGGAAAUAUCCCUAAUCAUACAGUUUCACACUGAUGAGUCUAAAUGUAACAGGUGGGAAUGAUCAAAACAAAACAACAAAAUGCGUACCGUCAUUUGUCGCCACUUUCUUUGUCUCUGGUUGAUCUGUGGAAAAAUGACAAAAUAACUGGGGUAAAUAUUCAUCAUAUCCACAAGCUAAUAACCAACAGUUUUCUUCCAUGUGAAGGGAGUGAUAAGCAUUAAAGGGAAGGCACACAAUGAGGCACAAGGUAGAAGCUUGCACUGCUCUAAGAGUUCAACAUCCAUCGAUAAGGGUAUGGUCAGUUUAUAUGAUUGAUAUAUAAUAUAUAUAUAUAUAUAUAUAUAUGUGCCAAAGAAAUAUCCCAUUCAGUCACACAAUGUAAUGUAAGAUCAGAAGUGACUAUAAACAACAUGGACACCGUCUCAGUGGCAUCAUUCGUGUCUGAUGCAGAAUUUGGAGGCUUAUCAGUCGAGGUUACCGCACUGGAAAAGAUGACUCAACUUACUCUGGCCCUUAAUCAUUUCAAUAACAGCUAGUGUGUUCGCCUCUCACUCCAAGUCAGCAAGCUCCAAGUUACAUGAAACUUGUGACCUUUUCUCUUCAAAACCAGUGAGUGAGAAAACAAUUUAGGGAGUGCCACUCGCCAAGCGGUAAACACAGCCAGCCCGGGUUAUGACCGUUUCUAGCUGGAGGCUCCUUUUCUGCGUGUCACUUACCACGUUUGCUCCUAAUUAGUCUAUCCUAUCAAGUGAAGGCGAGAAAGCCAAAGAAAAUUGAGAAAACUAGCACUACUAAGAGCCAAAACAUUUUGGACUAAGAUGAGAGAAAUGUCAUAUUUUCUGGAUUACUUUCAGGCUUUUGGAGACAGCUUUGAGUAUUUAAGGAACUGUCGUUUUUAUUACUUUCUGCAGUGGCUCACAUUUCACCACCAGAAGAUGCCUUAGAAGGAAGUCAGGUUGUUAAAAUAGCACCAAGAGAAGGAGAAGUACCCAAGUAAAUAAGACAAAGCCACGUGCAAAAGUUACAAAGCUGUAAACUCGCUCAGGUUCCUUCUGCAACAGUUGCAACCAGCGUGCUUUUCUAUAAGACACAACGGGUCAGCUGGAGGGUUUAGUAGAAUCUGGCUAAAAAGGGGGCAUAUUUGAACUUGCUGUAUAGGAGACAAGCACACUUUUGCCAAAAAAUGACUCUCUAUUUAAUACUUUUGUACCAAGACAGUGACAGAAGCUUGACUUAACUGCACCAAGACUUCAUUAAACCAAUACUUAAAGUCAAACUGAAACCAGCUCAACCUGUUGCCCAUCUUCAACCCCCAUUAUCAGUCUCAGGCCUAUCUUUUUUUAUACAGAAAUAAUCAGUUAUUACAAACAUUGUUUCAUCUCCAUCAGUGGACAAUGAUCUCACACACCUGUGAAGGCAGACAGUUAAAAUAUCAGAUGUCAAACAUGCAUCUACUAUUAACAGAAGUAUACAAUCAUCUCUAAUGAUUAAUGGAUAAACAGAAAUUAAGACAGAUCAGUAAAACUGUUAGAAUGUAAAGACUUUCUGCUUGUAUUACGAUAAUUUGGGUACAUCUUCUCAUACAACAACCAUUUCAUAUUAGCUAAAAACAGAGGCAGGCAUUGAUUAUCUAGACUUCAUUGAAUCGAUUUGAGCCACUGACCGAUAUUCAGGUUAGGCAUGGGAAAAUACCCACCAGCGUCCUCCAGGGGCCUUUUCUGGCCUCCGUAGCCGAAUUCGUUCGAUGGAGGUGCCGCUACGCCAUCACCACCAAUCUUCGCUGCGAUCUAAAACAUAAAAAAAAGACAUAAAAACACAUUUUAAAUGUACAAUCUGCAUAAUGUUGAGGUUACGAUGUUCAGACCGGGAGACGCUGGCUGCGGCCUACAACUGUGCCCGGAGACUAACCAACAAAGGAAGGCGAAAACUUCCAGUCUUCUCACUAAAUUUAACUCUAAGCACACCAUGAGGUGAUUUAAAACUGUUCAUUUUUGUCUAUUUAACCCAUUUCAUUUCGCUGUAGUCGCUUCUACGUGCAUAUUUGUGCAUUUUUCGAUGUGGCGUAACAGUUACCGUGAAAGUUAGCGAGUCAUGGUUUUAGCUUAGCCCGCCUUGCUGCAGUAUGCCGCGACGCUUAAGAGGUAAAACUAGCCAUUUUCUUCUGUUUUUACCUCAAUUUUGGGGGGCAGAAAUGAAAAACAAAUUCUCUCACCUGUCGUGCUCGUUGCAAGGCGUCUUUGAAAGCGUCGUUCAUCCCACCACCGGCGUUAGAGGACGGGGGAGCCACGCUGCUGUAGUCAGCCAUAUCUACUGCUCUUCUCCUCAGCGAGACAAGAUGGCGGGUUUCAUUUACGGGAUGUUGACGCCAAAACUCGCGGUGGAAUGUGUUCUCGCGAUAGUAACAACAGACGUUUGAACUCUAUUAUUUAGCUCCUGAUAACUCAAACGGUAAAUGCCAUAACAAUAGUUAGCAUGUUUGGCACAGUAAACAUGAUGAAUCAGAAAUAUUUCUAUUUAAAUUGUCGACAUAACAGAUUAUAUCGUUACUUACAAUAUGGGUUUUAGAUCGGCUUAAGUUAAGCAGUUUUAAAAUUAACUUAAAUUCAAAUUUAGCUCUUUUGUCUGACGAAUAACUAACCAGACACGAUGUUAACAAGUCAUUCAUACACCUUAGGAGCUACAGGGCAGGAAAGGUAAAAAUAGAAAGACUGUUUCCUAAAAGUGUAGAAAUCAGACAGGAUUCGAGUCAGAUUUUAACCUAUAAAGAUACAACUCCUGUACGUAAUAAAUGGAAGUGAAAACGCCUUAACUCUGUCAUGAAAUAUAAUUUUAUUAACAUCUUACACAUGUGCAGCUUCCUCACUGUUUUGGUCAGUAUAGUUCCCUGAUGAGGUGACUGCGAUAAAGGUUGGGACACAAUACAUUAAAUCACUGUCUGAUAAACCUUACCCCGUUAAUUUCAACCAGUUUAAAGGUUUCCAUUCAUUUUGAGGAAGUCAAUUUUAAUACAUUUCUUAAUUUUUUAUUUUUUUUUGCUUUAAGUUCCUAAAAAAAGUUUAGAACUCAUUGCUUCAUCUCAAGACUCGAUUGAAGAAAACAGAUCUUCAAAUUUCCUAGUUAAAGUGUAGUUUAUCAGAGCACAUGGAAUAGCCCUGACAAAGCUGGCUCCCAUCCCGUUAUAAUAUCCUCUGAUUCCUCUUCUUUCAUAUAUCCCGAUAAGUCCUUGUAAAACACCUGAAGUUGGCCGCGAAUCUGAGCUGAAAGCUGGAAAACAAGACAAAAAGCGAUGAGUGUAAUAUGAUCUCAUUAUUUUGAAUCAUCUCUGGAGUUUCAGAGGUUUACCUUGUGCUUGCUGCUGAGUCCUGAUCACUGCCAGUGGGUAACUAGUCAUCUGUCCUGAAGCGAAGGCCACAAAGCUGAAGAAAAACAGUUUUGAGUCGCUGUUGUAGGCUGGAUCACUCUUUGCCCAGUUCAUGAUAGACUGAAAUCAGAGACAGAUAGUCAGAGAAGUUAUAGCUUUAAAGGGAAAAUGGAAAGAAAGCGGUGGGUGUCGUUCUGUCUCACCUGAUGAACCGCACACUCCACACCUGCAUAGGGGAUCAUGCAGAGAAUGCUGGGCUUGAAUCCUCUAUAAAAAGAGGUUAUUGACUCAUGUCUGUAUAUAGAUUGGGCACAUGCCACAACACCAUUGUAGGUGCCGGCUUGCUGUAGGUUUAACCUCACCUUCAGCACCUGUGGAGGAGAAAAUAGGACAGAAAUCAGCAAAACACAUAACACUGAUCUAAACAAUCAUGCAAAUACAGUAAGGGGAAGUCAGAUAGUAAGGGGUCAUUUGAAGAAAAAAAUCACAUCGUGUUUUCCUCAAAAUCCUUCAAAAUAAAAGUCAAACUUUCAAGGUUCUUCCUGCAAAAGCAAGAUCUUUAUUAAUCAGAUUAUCUGCUUCUUUUAGUUUCAGUAUUUCAUGCAGUAGGAAGUACAGCUCAGUCAGAUUUGGGAAUAAAAUCUGGGAGAUUAAGUCUUAAAAGCACAGUAAAGAAACUGCUUUCUAGCACAGUUUUUGCACUUUUGCUCAACUCUUCAUCUCUUCACAUUGUCAGGUCUAAAAAUAACUGUGUGCAGGUAUAUCAUGCAAAAAUCUCUGUUACCUAUCAUCUCUGAAGGAUUUUUCCUCCUUUGGGCUACGCAUAAACUGAAAUGCUGAUUCUGUUACAUUUUGAUGUAGAAACUUUCUACAAUAUUCUGAUUUGGUUGUUUUUAACCAACACAAGUUUUAUAACUAUUCUAACCUUGAAUACCCAAAACAUCACAGAUCUUUAGGAUGUGAUGCUCAAAAGUAAUCCGAUCGCAUUGAAUUUAAAAGCUGGGUUAAAAUCUCAGUUAUUUAAAAGGAAAAUGGGAUUCUGUUAUAAAUUCAGCAUAACCCUCCAGUUUGCACGUGUUGUGUCUGGACUGUCCUCGAUGUGUAGAUGCAGAAGGAGGCUUCGUGACACUGGCUUGCUUGUAUAAGAGGAGUUUAUUAUAAAGACAAAACCAGUAUCAAUACAGCACUGCAGUUGCUGGGAGAGGACUGCCAAUGAUGUCCAGCUCUCCCUGACCACAGUUUGUAAUCCUGUUAUAUAGGGUCAUCCUCUCUUUGUUCCCCAGCUAUCUUUUCGUUAUCAUCUGUUUGUUUGUUGUUUAUCUAGUCUGGAAUCGUGACCUGUGAACUGUGACCUGUGCUCUACAAGCACUCAACAGCCAGGUGACCCAGUGUCUACAAUCCACACUUUGAUUAGUUCAUGUAACUUUGGGAAAUACCUCGGCCUGGUAUGUUGAUGCUGUACUCCAGAUACCACACACGUCAAACUUUUGAGGAAGAUUUGGAUUGGUUUUAUCCAAAAACAGGAUUAACUUGAAGCCAACAGAGACCUGAAUUAAGGCUGGAUUACCACAACAAAGUACAAGAGAAUUUAAAUUGGUGAAAAAAGACAACAUUUUUACAAGGUGGAUGAUAUUUUGAGGUGCUUUUGUGAGUCUUUAUCCAGAUCAAGUCAGUUAUCUUUAAAAAGUAGGUAAAAGUGAGCUGGAAAACAUGAUUCCUGAUUAAAACAUCAACUUUCUCAUGGACGUACUAACAUAGUCUUUAUGUCUUGACAAUGUUAUGACAAACAGAGGACAGGACAGAAACGUGAAAGCACUCGGACCUGCCACUGAUCUCUGAUACCUCUAAAGGGUAGAAGACAGCGUGAGCACCGGCCCCGGACACACACCCCAAACCGAAGCGCUGCUGCACCGUCAGAGUCUCCUGAGUUCUGUUCUGAGUGUACACCUUCAUCUGCACAGAGUAGAGACGCUCUGAGUGUGUUUGUCGGAUAGAAACAGUAAACUGGUACAUUAAUAAUUCACACUGUAGAGUCUCUCUUCUGCUGGAGUCUCACCUGAGCAUAGAUCAGACACUGCAGCGUGGAUUGAGGAGUUCCUUUUAGCACAUUGACAGCGUUACCUUGCCACAUUGAACGCAGACCACCUGCCUUCAACUCCUGGAAGCCUUGAGAGAACGCCUUGGACCCUUGAACCUGAAGAGCAGAAAAGAAAACACUUUGAUAUGAAUCCUUUUGAUUAUGUGUUGUAAUCACAAAAUUUUUCAUUAUUAAUACGAGUCAAGAUGCUACAAAAACGAUCUGCAACACACAAUUUACAGAAUUCUCUUUCUCAUUUCAAAGCGGCUCUUAGCCAGCCUCCCGAAUGCAAACUAUUGCUGCCUACUUUGCUUUCUACUAUUGCUUCUACAUGGCUGCAUUUAAACCUUUGCAUUGGCUUACAGCUGCACACUCAGUGUCAUUAGACUAAAGAUAACCUCAGUGACGUGAAACGAGGCAGAUAGCACUUGACAUGCUAUUUCUUUGCGCUUAAACAUGGAAAAUUAUUACAAAGAUCUAACAAUCUGUGGUUUUGGUUUUUACUUUACUUAACUUGGACUUUGUUUGUUUGGCUCGGAAGGAAAAAUGCAAAAAAAUAACACUGAGAACUGAAUCAAAACCACAUAAAAGAGGUCUUGAUUUGUCCCUCAAAGACACUAAAUGACUGGAUUAUAUGAAAUCAAGCAAUUGACAGUCAAAUGCUUCCUUUAACAACAGUAUAUGUAUCAUUAAUCCAGGCUGUCUGAUAGUCAGAUUCAAGAGUGAAAAGGUCCUCCUGCUCACCCCUCCUGUCAGUCAGUGGGCUUACCAGGCAGGCACAGGGUGGAGGAGUACUUGGACCAGUUUUUGCUUAAGAUGACUUGUGCUUUUUUGAUGCAACAUUGAUAAAAUUUGGCAAAAUGAACACACAGAUACAAAUAAUUCAAGUUUGAGUCUGUCUGCACUGCCGGAAAAGGGGUCAGGGAGACAGUGUGUAUUUGUGCCCGGGGCCUUCAGUGCAAUAUGCUGCACCUCUGAUGCUUCAAGUGCAGAAAAAGCAAAGUAGUGUUACAUGGGCGGUCCUUAUUGGAGGAAGUGUUACUUUUUAUUAUAUAAAUUGAAAAUAAAUGGCAUCAAGGGAAAUUGUGACCUCAGGAGUUUAAAACUUUAUCCCCGUAAGUGUAGCAUGAAUUUUUGGAUACUGAAUUCAUGCAUUUUACAGCAGACCUGCAGUUGUGUCUUAAGUCGAUCUAUAGGUGCCGUCACAGUCCUGGACACACCAUCAGCCAAUCCUGCGGCAAGAACAAAUGUCCUCCACGCACCAAAACCAGACGCCUCCUCAGGGAACUCGAUGGGCAUCGCACGACUCUCACCCACGUCAAAAACCUGCAGACAGACCAAAUGAACAAAAACGUUUGUCAUCCUUCAAUCAUUGUGCUUUCACUCACACUCGAGUGGACACUUACAGUUUGUGCUUACACCUCUGCUCUGCUUGAGUAUCAACAGUAACGUGAGAGUGAGAAUGAAGGAUGAUCUCACCAGACUGUGUUUCCAUGAGGACACCAGCUCCCCGAUGUUGUCCACGGGGUUCAAGAUGACGUGUUGCAGGAAUUCACCCCAGUCCACCGUCAUCGAGCUGUCUUUAUCCAUCCUGAGGUUCACAGAUACGACAGGGACAGAAAAAAACCUGUUGGUCUGUUUCAACAAACGCUGUGAGGGAGAAUAAUAACAAGCAGCACAGUGUCAUCUGUUGUUUUAUUUAAAUAAAAGAUAAUCAAAUACUGGUUUUACACGUUUCUGGUAAUGUAUUACUGAAGUGCUGAAAAGUUUGUCAGAUGACUCCAAACUGAAGCCCAACUUUUACAUGUUGACUGACAGUUUAGUGGCUUAGUUGGUGGAAAAAAACUUCAUUGACAAAGGAGUUUGAGGCCAAAACUUCUUCUACUUAAACUAUAAUAACAAUAAGUAAUAAAUCAUUGAUCCCUAAUAAUAUGUGCAGUGUUUGAAUAAUGCGUGUAACCUUAAAGUUGUUUAAAAAGUACAAUUGUGUUUCUAAUCCAGCUGAUAUUAACUGCCAUAAUUUCAUAUUUCACACAUGUGUGAAUAAAGAAUAGUGGAGUGGGCAAAAGAAAU